UCUUCCAUGACCCAACAUGGCGGGGGGAAGAUCGCGCUGGAGUCCCAAAUAGUCAUUGAAGAGAUUUCUCGCCCACCGGGUGGAUGCUACGAGUGAGAUAUUCUCUCAGGGCAGCGGCUGUGUGGAAGUUUUCAGCAUGAGUAAUAUUUACAUCCAGGAACCGCCAACCAAUGGCAAGGUAUUACUGAAAACAACAGCUGGAGAUAUUGAUAUUGAAUUAUGGUCAAAAGAAGCUCCCAAGGCAUGUCGAAACUUUAUUCAGCUUUGUAUGGAAGGCUAUUAUGAAAACACCAUAUUUCAUAGGGUUGUACCUGAAUUUAUAAUACAAGGUGGUGAUCCAACUGGUACUGGCUCAGGAGGAGAAUCUAUCUAUGGAGCCCCUUUCAAGGAUGAAUUCCAUUCACGAUUGCGUUUUAUUCGACGAGGACUCGUUGCCAUGGCAAAUUCCGGGCCUCAUGAUAAUGGCAGCCAGUUCUUUUUUACUUUGGGGCGUGCGGAUGAACUUAACAACAAACACACUAUCUUUGGAAAGAUCACUGGAGAUACUGUAUAUAAUAUGUUGCGACUUUCAGAAGUUGAAAUUGGCAUGGAUGAAAGACCAGUCAAUCCAUAUAAAAUAACAAGUACAGAGGUUUUAUUUAAUCCCUUUGAUGACAUAAUUCCAAGGAUCAGUAAAAAGCUGAAGAAUGAGAAACCAAUGGAAGAAGUUGAGAAGGCAAAAUCAAAGGGCACAAAAAAUUUUAGCCUGCUUUCAUUUGGAGAAGAAGCUGAGGAGGAAGAAGUAGAAGUCAACAGAGUUAGUCAGAGCAUGAAAGGAAAAAGCAAAAGUAGUCAUGAUUUACUGAAAGAUGAUCCACACCUGAGUUCUGUUCCUGCCAUUGACAGUGAAAAAGCAAAUGAAAGUGAUAAUUCAGAUAAGGGAGAAGAGGAGGGAUAUUGUGAUGAAGAUGAUGGUCUUGAUAGUGAAGAAAAGUAUCAAAUGAAAAAACGAGUUAUGGAGAAGUUAAAGAAAAAUACUGAUGUACCUAUUAAAAAAAUAACUGAAGGGGAGCAAAAGCAGAAGAGUAGCCGUAGUGAGGAACUACGGAAGGAAGUUCGCCAGUUGAAACGUGAACUAAUAAAGGCAAAGCAAAAUAAAGAAGAAAAUCCCUCAAAAGUGAAAGAGAAUCCACUUGAAGAAGAGGAAGCUGCUCCAAACAGCAUUGUUGCAGAAUAUCUUGAAGAAAAGAAGAAAUAUGAAGAAUUGAGGAAGCAGCAGCCAAAGAAAGGAUCUUCUCGUGAAGAUCAGACAUUGGUGUUACUGGAUCAAUUCAAAUCAAAGCUAAACCAGGCAAUAUCAGAAACACCUGAAGAUGAAGUACCUGAACCUGAAGUGGAGAAUGAUGAAGGAUGGAUGUCACAUGUGCUCCACUUUGAGGAUAAAACCAGAAAAGUAAAAGAUGCAAAUGUACAAGAUGAAGACACAUUUGAAAUUUAUGAUCCUCGUAACCCUGUUAAUAAGAGGAGAAGGGAGGAAAGCAAAAAGAUUCUGAGAGAAAAAAAGUCGAGGAGAUGAAAUGAGUGGUAAAACUCACCAGAUCCAGUUUGGAAAAGUACAUCGUGAACAUUCUGUCUCUGCAGAGGUUGGUGUCCCAAAAUAUAUCACUUACAAGGUGUGAAAAGGAAUCUGGGGUCUAAUUUGGAAGCAGUGCUAUCGCCUCUGUUUUGUGAAUUCUGAUGUAAAAUAAGCAGGUCUUCUCAGCAAAGUCCUUGGAGUCUAUUUUUAGUCAUUAUUGUUAAUAAAUAGUUCAUUUUCCAUACUCUGUUCCAUUUUUUAUGUAUUUGCAUAGAGGAUUUUAUAUUUAUAAUCUUCUCAGAACACUGAAAACUUUUUCCAGAAUGUAGAACAAAAGGAUUUGGCAUUACUGAAAAAUAAUGUUAUCACUCCUGGUAACAGACUCAGACAUUUAGUGCUGGUAGAAUUGGAGAGAAGCAGCAGAGAGUAUUAGCAUGCUCAAGAAAAUCCCAAGGUUGGAGAAUAGUAGCAACAACUAAAACCGUCAUGGAAGUAAUAGAUGACAAAAAAAAACAAAAACCAGGACAAUAAAAGAUCGGGCAUGCUCUUUUAUCAGAACUGUACUUUGAAAGAAGAGUAGGAGAGAGAGUAUAGAAUGGCCUGUGCUAAUAGAAGAGAAUAUUUUGAGAACAGUUGAACUGUGAGGCCCUUGGUGCUCUCUUGGUUUUACAGAUAUUUCAUGAUGUUCACUGUGCACUGAUGAUAAUUGGAUAAUAAAGAUCUGCAAGUAAAUAACCAACUCAGAGAAUACCAAGGACCCUACAGAAUGACUAGUUCUAAUUGCAGCAACUUGCAAGGCUCUUGCAACUCAUUCUGUAAUUGCAAGUCCAUUUCUGAUGCAUAACGUAAUCUGUGGUACAAUGUGUGAAAAGGUUCACAAUCUUGAUUUACAACUGUCGUCUCAUAUAUUUGCAAUCCGUUGUUUACCAUUUGAUCUUAAUCACUUUGUAAGCAAGCUUCCUCAAUAAUAAAUGUAUAUUCUAAAAUG